UUGCUGGGGACCCUGUGCUGGCUCAGGCUGCAGCUGUGGGCGGGCCUCUGGCCUCUGCCAGCCUGGGUGCCUCCCCCUGCAUUCUGAAGUCCAGAGCCACUGCCUUUGCUGCUGCCACAGCUGCCAUCACCUCUCCUCCUCAGCCUCGGGCCACUCACUGCUUUUCCACCCCAGCUGCGACUCUCCUGGCCAUGACCACACUGCCCCUAGGACCCUGACCCAACUCUGAGCCCUGGGACCCUUGGUCCCCUCCCCUGGGCCAUGGCCAACUCAGGCCUCCAGCUCCUGGGCUACUUCCUGGCCCUGGGUGGCUGGGUGGGCAUCAUCGCCAGCACAGCCCUGCCGCAGUGGAAGCAGUCCUCCUAUGCAGGUGACGCCAUCAUCACCGCUGUGGGCCUCUACGAAGGACUCUGGAUGUCCUGCGCCUCCCAGAGCACUGGGCAGGUGCAGUGCAAACUCUAUGACUCGCUGCUUGCCCUGGACGAUGAUCUACCUGCAGGCCCCACCUCUCCCCCAACCCCCAUUCAGCUCCAUCCUGGCCCUGCCCCAGGUCACAUCCAGUCAGCGAGAGCCCUGAUGGUGGUGGCUGUACUCCUGGGCUUUGUGGCCAUGGUCCUCAGCGUCAUUGGCAUGAAGUGUACACGGGUCGGAGACAGCAACCCCAUUGCCAAAGGCCGGGUAGCCAUCUCCGGGGGUGCUCUCUUCAUCCUGGCAGGCCUGUGCACCUUGACUGCUGUCUCAUGGUAUGCCACCCUGGUGACUCAGGAGUUCUUCAACCCAAGCACACCUGUCAAUGCCAGGUAUGAAUUUGGCCCGGCUCUGUUCGUAGGCUGGGCCUCAGCUGGCCUGGCCAUGCUGGGGGGCUCAUUCCUCUGCUGCACAUGCCCAGAGCCCGAGAGAGCCAACAGCAGCCCCCAGCCCUAUCGCCCUGGACCCUCAACUGCUGCCCGAGAACCUGUUGUUAAAUUGCCCGCCUCCACCAAGGGUCCCCUGGGUGUGUAAUGUCCAGGUCCCCAGCCAGGCCCUGUCCCCUGCCACACUAAGACUGUAUGUUUGGUAUUUUUUGGAAACAGAAAUGAAUAUUCAGCCCCAAGUGUGA